AUGGCAGUGGCCUUCAUUUAUGUGAUGAGGGAGUUGAGAGUCAGCCAGAGUGAUCGUACCAUUUGCGAUUCAAGGGAGUUCAAGGUGAAGCUUCAGGAGGUUUGGGACAAGCGGGAGGAGCUACGAAAUGCAAUCAAGCAGAGUAACCCCAACCAGACCACUAUAAGAAGCCGGGGACCCUCACUGCGUAAAAAUAACACCUCAAUCCUGCGCACAUCAAUGCGCGACAAACGUCGAUUAACCCACGCGGAGGCUGUGAGUGAGAAGCUGUUGGGUGAGAAGAUAGCCAGUGAAGAGGGCGAGAACGGGGUAGAGAGACUCCCGCGACCCCCUCCCAAACCCCCCGUCACCGCUGGCCAGCCUGUGCCCCCACCAAUGCGCCAGAUCCUCCCAAUCAUCCCCAAAACGAAACCCCACGACAUUCCAUCGCCCGAGACCGGGGCCGCGAAAACCCCGAUCACACGCAUCCACGUCCCUCCUUCUGUUCCCCCUAGGGCCGACUUGAGGGCCAAUGGUAGUGGAGUGCGCUUGAAUUCGCCCGAGUUAAAUAACAACACUAACACGUCCACGACCACAUCCGGUGACACUCCCUCCCCAGCCAAGAGUCCCUCGGAAUCAAGCGCCUCGCCAUCCAGUUACGUCCGGCCGAUGCAGAGAAACUCCAACGGCCACAUGGUGCCCGUAGUGGAUGUCUUGCCCAAGUGUCCCAGCGAGAGACCACCACCACCGACUCGGGAUCACCGUAGCCGCACCCCCAAAAGACCCUACUCCUCCCAAGCCUCGUAUGCGGCCCCUCCUAACCCCCUGCUUCGACAGGGACCUCUCCCAGUGACUUCGCCGGCUGAAGAGCACAGACCGCCCAGACCCGGCUCUCCAUUCCUUUCCACCGACACACUCAACUACGACCUUGAGUCGAAACCAGGACUCGGACAAGAUGGCCCGCUCGACGCAACCGCGGGGCGUCAAGCCAUGGCCCAAGUGAAGUAA